AUGUCUACCAUUCACCCUUUCGAUCCUCUGUCCCCGCGGGAAAUCGCCAAGGCUGCCCAGAUUGUCCGCCGAGAAUUCAACGGGCAUGAUCUCAAUUUCCGAGUGAUCACUCUCCAAGAGCCGCCCAAACAGCAGAUGGUUGCUUUCCUUGCGAAGGAGCAUCUUGAUGAGACCCAAACAUCGCAUCCCCCCCGAGCUGCAAGAGUUCAAGUCACUAUCCCAUCUGCAUCGAAAUCGUAUGAGUUCGUUGAGCUUCUCGUGGAUCUUGAUUCUGCAAGGCUCAUAAAGAAGGACCACUUGGUGGGAAAGCAUCCCUAUAUCGACAGCUCAUACAUGCAAGCUGUUGAGAAAGCUUGCAGAGCAGAUUCAAGAGUCCAGGGAGAGAUUCAAAAGCUCAAAUUGCCCGAGGGCGCGUCUGUCGUUAUUGAACCAUGGGCCUACGCAACGGAUGGCAUGCGAGACAUGGCCGAGCGAACAACUAUGUGUUGGUUUUAUAUGCGUCUUCUUGACCACCCCGAUGCAAACUUCUAUGCCUACCCCCUUGAUCUCUGUGCCGAAGUGUCGGAGAAACUUGAAGUUACUCAAAUCUACCACUUGCCAUCCUCCGAGAAAGAGUGUAUUCGCGGACAUGCACGACCGUAUGACCAUGAAAAAGUCCACUCUCCUGAAUUGAGCGAGUAUCAUCCUGAUUUGCGACCUCCACCGCGCACAACUACGAAACCCUAUCAGGUCAUCCAGCCGCAGGGUCCAUCUUUUCAAGUUGCCGGGAAUCUGCUAAGCUGGGAGAAAUGGACGAUGCGCGUGGGCUUCAAUUACCGCGAGGGCUUGACACUCCAUGAUAUUCGCUAUGAGGGCCGAAGCCUGUUCUAUCGUCUGUCUUUGUCCGAGAUGUUUGUGCCAUACGGCGAUCCACGAUCUCCAUACCCCCGGAAGGCAGCCUUUGAUCUUGGAAAUGAUGGUGCUGGUCUCAAUGCAAACAAUCUACGCCUUGGAUGUGACUGCCUUGGCCUGAUCAAGUACUUUGACGGUUGGCACAACACUGCCUCUGGUGAUCCUCUGAAGCUUCCAAACGUGGUCUGCUGCCAUGAACAGGAUGACGGUAUUUUGUGGAAGCAUACAAACCACCGAACACAGAAUGCUGUGGUCACUCGCUCACGGAUUCUGGUGUUGCAAACGAUCAUCACAGUCAGCAACUACGAAUAUAUAUUUGCAUUCCAUUUCGGUCAAGAGGCUUCAAUUCAUUAUGAAGUGCGAGCCACUGGCAUUUUGUCAACUUGUCCAAUCAACACCAGUGACAAGGUCGGCUACGGCACGAUUGUUGCACCUGGUGUCCUUGCACCAUACCACCAGCAUCUAUUCUCUCUUCGAAUUGACCCAGCAAUUGACGGAAAUGAGAACUCGCUGCAAGUCGAGGAGUCUCAUCCCAUGCCAAUUAAUGACCCGAAUAUUCACAAUCCCUUCGGCGCUGGUUAUACAACAAAGUCAAAGAUCAUCACUGAAGAAGGUGGCCACGAUCUGGAUUUCGCGACUAACCGCACUUUCAAAAUGAUCAACGAAAACAAGCUCAACCCUAUCACAGGAACACCAGUUGGGUUCAAACUAUUGCCAUGCUAUAGCCAGAUGUUACUCGCCCACCCACAAUCAUACCAUUCGAAACGAUCUGAAUUUGGCAGCCAUGCCGUCUGGGUGACUCGCUACCAAGACGACGAGCUCUUCCCGUCUGGUCGGCAUACAAUGCAGUCUCUAGGCGGCGAAGGGAUCAAUUCUAUGAUUGGGCAGCGCAAGAAACAUCCCAAUGGCAAACCGGAUGUCCGCAAUGAAGAUAUUGUCGUCUGGCAUACAUUCGGGUCUACACAUAACCCUCGCAUUGAGGAUUGGCCCGUGAUGCCCUCUGAGAAGAUGAUCGUGGGCUUGAAACCUAUUAAUUUCUUCACUGGCAAUCCUGGUCUGGAUGUCGCUGUCUCAAGCCAAGAGAAGAACCGAAGUGUCCUUGUUGAGGAUGCUGCAGCAGGCAACUCGGUUGCUUACUCGCAUUUGUAG